CCAUCACCGCCACGGUGCGCGGCAAAUAAAGGGGGAUGGCGGAGCAAACACUUUCCCGCUUUUUCUCUCAACCUCUACAUCCCCAAACGCAUACUCGCACUUUUACCUCGUUUUCUGCGAAAAUGAACCAGCAUACAUACAUCUCUUUUACUCCCAGAGCUCCUCAGCCAACGUAUCCGUACCGGCAGACGUCGUCUUUCAACCUGAUGCUCGUGUCACAGUCCACGUCGACAUACCCGCCCGCCACCCCGCCUCUGGUGGCACGCUCGCUUGCUUCAACACCGUCGUCAUCCACUCUGCCUGAGGUCGAAGGUGUACGAGGGCUGCCUGCCGAUGAGGCUGAAAUCCUGUACGCUACAGGGCUGGACAGCUUGGGCUUGGACGCGGACGAGCCGAAUCGGUGGGCGGCGAGCUUGCAGGACGAAGUCGUGGGGAAGGCCGCCCCUGUUUACGCACAGAAAGACCCACACAAACCCGACGAGAAGGCAGCACCGUACAUACCCACCAUUGUGAGGAGGCGUGCGGCGGCAGACCCUGUACAUUGCGGUAUCGAAGUUAACACUUGGCAACCACACCGCGAAUGGCUCCGACCUUUCCGCGCAGGCUCCGUGACGUCUUACUCGGGAGUGCGCGCAGGAUAUGCACGAGAUAUCGUCGGCGCGGGGCCUUGGUCCAACGCGGUCCUGUCCGAGCUCGCUGCUAGGUUCGUUGAGCGUGUCGCCGAGGGUUGUUCAGAGACACUUGCUUGUGUGGCUCCUCUUGCGUCGGAGGUCCAUCGGUGUUUCCUCCAGUAUAUUGGUCAAAGCACAGCGACUGCUUUCCUGCAGUAUCUCAAACAGCACCUCCUGUCAGAAUAUCGUGCAUGGUGGCUUUCGUCGCUGCCGUCUGCGAUCGUUAACCUGUUCGUGUGCUCUCCGUCCCCGCCCCACGCCCCGCCAUUCCGGAACGUCUCAUCCGCAAUUGCGGUUGCUACGUUUAUCGGCGACCUCUUCUGCGAAGGCUUGCUCACGGGCUCGUUCGUGCAACUCUGCAUGAAUCUUGUGCUUGACAAGCUCUUGUGUCUCGAAGAAGUCGAAGCGCUCCACGCUGUCAUCCACCACUCCGGCGAGCGGCUAUACGACCGUGUACCUCUGGACGACUUCCUCGUCAACCUGCAGGUGCGCUGCUCGGGUGCGCCGCUGACGAGCGCGGUGGGGAAAAUGGGCAUAUACCAGGACGUGCAGUACCACGUGCAGGCCAUCUCGUCGCUCAUCGAGGGCUGGGCACGCGCACGCUCGACGCCAACACCCUCUGAAUUCUCUGAGUCGACCACGGAGUAUUCAGACUACAACCCCGAGCACACUGUCCACCGGUCGCACAACCCACCUCCCGCGAACCAGCCCGCGGAAGCAAUGGCGGCGGCGCGCCGGUAGCACCUACGUCCAAACAUCAGACAGCUCCUGAGCGUCGGUGGGCAGAUGUUGCCAGGGCGUAGAGACCGUCGUCUUGACAUCCUAGUCACAUCCCUCUAGCUACCCCUCGCACGCACUCUCCCUACCCAGUUUUUGCGUUGCCUUGCUCAACACCAAGUGACACUCAUUUAUCCUUGUAUCAAGUAGAAGAGAUUGUAAACGAAAAGAACUUCAUUCC